AUGAUCUGCCAGCUCCAAGCGCGGACUGUGUCGCGCGGACUCCGGACCGGCCAGUUCCGCACGCCCCGUCGCGCGUACUCGUCCCGGCCCCCAUCGGAUCCUCUACGCAUCCUAUUUUGCGGUUCGGAUGAGUUUAGUUGCGCGUCUCUGCGGGCGCUAGAUGAGGAGAGAUUGAGCGGGAGCGGACUAAUCCAGUCGAUUGAUGUGGUGGUGAGGCCGGGCAAGGGCACUGGGAGGGGAUAUAAAACAAUACGGGAAGUUCCCCUUAAGCUCAAUGCCGAGAGGCUGGGCUUGCCCAUCCAUGAGAGAGAUACGUUUAGGGGCUUCGAGCCUCCAAACUGGAUUAACCUCGUUAUCGCGGUGUCCUUCGGGCUCUUCGUGCCACCAAGGAUAUUACGAAUGGCCAAGUACGGAGGCCUAAAUCUCCAUCCGUCAUACCUACCCGAUCUACGUGGCCCGGCCCCUCUCCACCACUCCCUCCUCGAGAGACGGUCGCACAUCGGCAUCACCCUGCAAACCCUGGACGAACACAAGUUUGACCACGGCCUCAUCCUCGCGCAGACGCCCCGACCGGGCAUUUCCAUUCUGCCAGCCUGCACCGUGCCGGAGCUAACGCACCUCGUCACCGAUCCUGCGGCGCGCCUUCUCCUGGACGGGCUACGGCACGGCGUCCACGUUCCGCCGCUCGCCGAUGUGCGACAGGCUACUACUGACACGGCGUCGGUCCUGCGGCACGCACCCAAGGUGACCAAGGAGGACAAGAGGGUGAACCUCGCUGAGUGGACGGCGGAGGAUGCGGUCACGAGGCUGAGGGUCCUGGGCCCGCUUUGGAUGGAGGUGGUGGGCGGGAAGAAGGGCAAGCUCGAGAGGGUGAUUUUGCAAGAUGGCGAAGUGGUGGCGGAGGGGAGAGGUGAGGGUAGUGUCGAGCGAGAGGUCCUGUUAGCGCAAGCGGCUCAGGAACCGAGGUCGGAGGGGCGCGAGACAGUGGCAAUGCGGUAUCGUGAAGAAGGAGAUGGUGCCAUUCUUCUCACGUUUCCUCGUGGAGGCCAUCUUCGGGUGAAACAAAUCGUGGUCGGAGGCAAGGCAGCGCAGGAAGCCGCCAAAGCUUUGGCAUCCCUUUGCCGCUUGACCUGA